GAUGGUGACCAGUGUGCAAUAAUCCUUCCAGGUGUCCCCCGGGUCACCGUGUUCCUUGGUCACCUCGCGCUCAGGUAGUCGCAGCCGCUCGUCGUCCGGGGCGCCCCCGUGCUCCGGCACGGCGGCGCGGUUGGAGAUAGAAACCAGACACUGGGCAGCCACGAAGUCCAUGUAGGCGGCCGCAGACAUGGUGCGGGCGACGGCAGCCCGGGCGGUGUGGCCAAACUUGAUGGUGGCUGCGGAGCUUCGGCUAGCCCUGCCCUGGCCUCGGACGACUAGCGCGGUGCGGCGCGGCCGAGGGGGCGGGGGCGCGGGAGCUUGCGACUCGCGGGAGCGCCGAAGCGACCUCAGCCCCUCAUCUUUACGUAACCGGCAGCGCCUCCGCACGCAGCAGCCGCGGCCGGCUCCGCCGCUGUCGCCGCCGCCCAGCCCGGCGCCCCGCGCGAUCCCACGAUGGGCGCGCCCUCCUCCUGAGCCGGUUCCUUGGAGAGAUGCCACACGUGGCGGUCGCAAGUUUAUUCGACUGCAAACGUGUCCGAGUCACAGGGAGAGCCAACUGCGAGCCAGGCGCACGCCUUCGACCGCCUCUCCGCCGAGCUGACGCCCCGGGGCAUCAGCCGAGUACGCGGACGAGGGGGGCCGGGGCUGAGUGGGGCGCCGCGCCUACGAGACACUUCUUCCCGCGUCCGCCGACGGCCGCCGAGCCCCUGGUCCUGCCGCGCCGCGCCGCUCCGGCAUUCUCCAGCUCAGUAACAAUUUCGCAGAAUCCCAUCACGUCACAAUCCAGGCCCCCUCCAAUUGGCCAGUGGGGAGGGUGAUUCAACUCUGUUUACUUUCUCCCCCUGCCAGUCAGAAGGGCCCUUCGGUGGAGAGGUGCGUCUAGAACUACGGCGCGCGGCCAAUCCGACCGUUCCGUUCCGCCGCCGCGUGCUGCCCCUCCAGCCCCGAACGCUGACAUUUAAAAGGGAAACUGCUCGGAGCCAGGCAACCAGCGGCUGCGCAUCCCCGCAGAUGCCGCCCCGAACCGCGCGCGCGCCCACGCCUCCCGGCCCACGUGCCAGCUGGCAUGGCUUGGGAACGCAACUCCCUUAGGCAGUUACGCCCAUCCCUAGGGACUAAACAGAACUUCAUCUUCGGGUUCCCAGCCCUCAAACAGUUAAGUGACUUCCUGCAAACGCUACAGUCCCAGCAACCAGCCUUCCAAUCAAAAGGCACUUUAGUUUCACAGGAUCCCGACUGCACUCUCAACACUCCCAAUUCAGUUAUAAAGAAGACCAAGGAAGCAGAUCUCGUCUGUCCGUGUGAGUUUCUCUUACGGAUUUGCAAGCACAAUUGCUACUUGAUGUAGAGAAUCACUUCAGAUUUGGCAGUUCUAGCAUUGCACCUCGUGCUCCCCUUCUCCCACCCUUCAUUCUCUGUAAUUUACAUUCUUGAUAAAGGGGUUCAGUCUGUCCUCUGUAAGACGGUAGCUACACGGACAUGGUAAGAAUCACACAUGUGUUUGAUAGCACAGAGCACUGGAAGUGACAUUUCCUACAUCAUGAUUUUUUCCCUUGUAUUUUUAAACAAUCUUUUCCAUCUGUAUAGGAAUGUACUAUAGUAGUUUUAUGAUUAAAACAAGCUUAUGCUAUUUAGCCAA